AUGGAGAACCCGUUCAACACGUCGUCGACUCUGGCGCUGCAGAGCUUCAACAUACCCCCCGAGAGCGUCAUACCCGCCUUCCUCUUUGCCAGUCUCAGCUACUCGAUCAUAUUUUUCUGCAACCUCAUCCUCAUCCUCACCAUCGUGCUCCACAAAAACCUGCACCAGCCCAAACACCUGUUCCUGCUCAACAUGCCCGUCAACGACCUGAUCGGCUCCUCGGCCUUCUUCCUGCAGCUCAUCAAGGAGAUCGUGACGGACAGCCGGAGCAUGGAGCACUGGGCGUGCGUGGCGCAGGCUUUCUUCAUCCACAUCUACGCGGCGGGCACCGUGCUCAUUCUCACCGCCAUGGCCUACGACCGCUACGUGGCCAUAUGUUUGCCCCUGAAAUACAACGCCAUCAUGACCUACGCGCACGUGGUGAGGAUAAUCAGCGCCGUUUGGGUGUGUUGCCUGCUGCUGAUCGGGGUGCUGUUCUACCUGCUUCUGCGUUUGCCUCGUUGCCGCUCUAAAAUCACACAACUGUACUGCGACAACCCCAGCCUGCUGAGCCUCGUCUGCGCCAACACGGCCGUCAACAACAUUUACGGCCUGGGCAUUGUGGCGUUCACUCAGGUGUUGGCCAACGGGAUGAUUCUGUACACGUAUCUCCAGAUCCUGGUGGCGUGCUUCUUGUCCAAGCGCUCCGACACCAAAGCCAAAGCUCUGCAGACGUGUGCCACGCACUUGUUUGUCUUUCUGCUGCUGGAGUGUCUGGGUCUUUUCACCAUCAUCUCCUACCGAGUCAAGAAUCUUCCGCAAAAUUUCAGGACAUUCUUGGGGUCUUCCACUUUGAUUUUCCCGCCGACGCUCAACCCCAUCGUCUACGGACUGAAAACUCAAGAAAUCCGGGCGUCCAUGGUAACG